UUAAAAUACUCUGGAGAUCCAAGCAAGAAAGAUGACCGUUCCUCGUCAUCCGUGCCGCCCGUCUCGUCGCUCUCUCCUCAGUCCUCACUCUUCUCCUCUCUCACACCUUAUCAACGCCUUCUGAGACUCUCUCCUCUGAGUUUUACCCUUUCUUUUUCACAACCUCCAAGUUCGAGACAGUGAGACAGACAGCGAUGGUUAUGAAGCUUUCGUCUUUUUCUGCUUGACUAGAGUAGAAACGGAAGAACUGAACCAGAGAUAGCGCGAAAGAUAAGAGUUUCAGAAGCCCUCCUUCGGCUAGGUUUUGGUUUGGUGCUUCAAUGGUUGAAGGUGAGGUGAAACGGGCAAUGCGGCCCGGAACGCCAGAACAACAUACUCCUAAGCACUUCUCUUCUUCCAGCUCUGCAAAUGCGAAAGCUCCCACAAAGCAUUCCUCCUACCUUACAUUUGGUCUCUUGUCGUCUCGUUCACGUCGGCCCUCCCCUGCCAAGGUUCAGCCUCGGCCGCACGACCUAACAGACCAGCUCCGCAACUAUGUCCAAGAUUUGCUUGAGGAUGUGUCUCGGCUCAAGACGGAACUUCUCGCGCAAAAGCUUCUCAAGGAGUCUGCGGCCAUCGUUCCGGUUCUGGAGAGGGAGAUAACUUCCAAAGAUGCAGAGCUUGAGCGGUCGGCGAAGAGGAUCGAGAGCUUGGAAUCUGACAACGAGAUGUUGAGAGGGGAACUAGAAAAUUUACGGGAAAAGAUGGAGGCAGAGAGGAAAGAAAACGAGGAGAAGCUCAAGGAGAUGGAGGUGGAGAUCAGAGAACUGAAUAGAACGAUUCAGGAGCGGAACCGAGUUGCAGAAUCGAAGAGUUUAUGCAGCGAAGCAGGGGAAACUGAUGAGUUGUCUUUGUCUCAGAGAUUUCAGGGGUUAAUCGAUGCGUCUGCUAAGUCGAAUCUUCUAAAGAGCUUGAAGAAGGGGGCGAAAUGGACUGACAUUGCUUCGAACCAGGAGAUUCAGAAAAAUGAGGUUGCAGAUCCGAAGAGAGAAGAUGCAGAGAAGGAACCGAUGCAGCAAUCUCGCUGCAUUGCGGAGGAAGCCUCCUACGUUCCUGAAUCUACCAUAUACUUUAUGAAGCCUCGAGCUCCAAGGAUUCCAAAACCUCCCCCAAAACCUUCAAAGUCAUCAUCAUUAUCCUUUUCGUCUUCAGAGUCAUUUUCAACGUCGUCGUCCUCCUCUCCCUGCUCUUCAUCAGUAUCAUCACCAGUUUCCUCCACGAUUACAGAGAGAGAAUCUUCGACGGAGAAGGCAAAUCCACCAGUGGUUCCACCACCACCACCGCCGUCCGCGAAAGCGGCGCCUCCGCCACCACCUCUACCACCAUUGCGGUCCAAGUCUUCCAAGUCUGCGGCGACGAAGGUGAGACGAAUGCCGGAGUUGGUCGAGUUUUAUAACUCAAUGAUGCGCAGGGAUUCAAGGAGGGACUCAGGUGCCGGAGUUUCGGACGUUCCGGCCGCCGUGAGUGCUCGCAAUAUGAUCGGUGAGAUAGAGAAUCGAUCUGCUCACUUGCUCGCUAUAAAGACAGACGUCGAAACUCAAGGAGAUUUUAUUCGAUUUCUGAUAAAGGAAGUCCAGAAUGCUGCAUUUACGGACAUUGAAGAUGUAGUGGCGUUCGUUAAGUGGCUUGAUGACGAGCUUUCUUAUCUGGUGGAUGAAAGGGCUGUCCUCAAACACUUCGAUUGGCCAGAGCAGAAGGCUGAUGCAUUGCGAGAAGCUGCGUUUGGCUACUCUGAUCUUAAGAAGCUCGAGGCUGAAGCUUCAUCUUUCCGAGAUAACACUCGCCAACCUUGUGGUCCGGCCCUUAAGAAGAUGCAGGCAUUGCUUGAGAAAUUAGAGCAUGGCGUGUACAAUCUGUCUCGUAUGAGAGAACCAGCAACGAAUCGAUACAAAGUAUUCAAUAUCCCUUCAGAAUGGAUGCUAGAAACUGGAUUUGUUAGCCAGAUCAAGUUGGCAUCCGUGAAGCUUGCAAUGAAGUACAUGAAAAGAGUCUCAGCAGAGCUUGAAGCAGCUGGGGGAGGCCCAGAAGAGGAGGAACUAAUGCGCCAAGGUGUAAAGUUUGCUUUCCGGGUUCAUCAGUUUGCUGGAGGUUUCGAUGGGGAUACGAUGUUGGCUUUUAAGGAACUGAAAGACAAAGCAGACAAAGCUAGAUCAUCCUAUCUACUACAUACCCAAAAGCCACUGGAGCAGCAGCAGUAGCUCGUUUGCCACUGGAGCAGCAGUAGCUCGUUUUGCCGUAUAAUCUUUUGACGAAUGGUACUCUUGAAGGCCCGGAAUCAAGUCCCCACUUGACCAUUUUCUUAUUGUUCUUAGGAUUACAUGCUUGGAUGUGAGGAUCCCCCUCCUUCCCACAAAAGGAAAAAGGAAAGUAAAGUUUGCCUCUUGCUAACCUGUAGCAAACCCAUCUUUCCUGCUACUAGAUCUUUCCUGUAAAGAUAGGAGGAACAGUUUUCUGUAAAUGCUACCACUUCAAUCAUUUUCAUUCAAA